AUCGUAUUUUUGCAUUUUACGGUGGUCCCUGCUGACAAGAUACUUUGUUAUGAUACAGUGUUAUUAUGGUGAAUAUUUGUGUGCCUUUGUCAACUUACAGUGUAUCCCUAUUCACCAUAUAACUAGUGUUUUAUCAAAUUAUUUUCUCUUGUAGCGUUGACUUGAAAAAUAAAGUUGUUGUGCUCCAUGCCAACUACUUAGCUUCCGACUUUCCGUGCUGGUAGUUGGAGGUUCAUAUGCACAACUACCUGUUUAACUUGUGUUGGUGCCAGAGGUUAAUGAGAAAUUGUGAAUUACUUCUAGGCUGAGCAGUUCGUACUGUUGUUUUAUCACUAUAUCUAUAGAUUAUGGAGUGAUGCUCAGCUAUCAUUCAGUUAUCAUUAGCAUUUUCAGCUAAAGUUUUAUAGCAACAUGCAUGCUUUUAUUUUUAGAUUAUUCACAUGCUGAAACUGAAGCGUUCUUGCUUCAUGUAUUUCUCAUUUAGAUAUUCCAUAUGAUUUGAGACAUGUCCUAUCAGCCUAUGAUGAUGAUCUUUCAUGUAUCCAUGUCUGGCAUAACCCUCAGACGACCUGUGUGCAUCACUGGAUUCAUGACCCUGUUUAUCUAUCUGAUAACUAACAUGCAGUUUACCAUGGUCCCUAAGCUGCAAUGUUGGUAACAUGCGUGCUAAAUUUGUCCUCUAGAAUUCAUGCCCUUCUGUGCCAUAGAACUCCAGUCCUGUAAUAACAAUUACAGUACCAGAUAAUUUGUAUCCCGGAGAGCUAUGGCAAACCUGAAAAUGACCUGUCCGUUUUGGGAGGAUCAUCCGUCAUUUCGGCACAGAUCAUAGGCAUAUGACUUUUCCUUGAUGACCCAUAUGGGUUCGCUGGAUUUCUGUUACGAUUUAUUGAGAUUCUGUAGUGCCUGGUCCAACCUAUCAAUUUCUGGUUUUGUUUCAGUAUCGUGGGGCUGGCCAGUACCGUACCACUGGCUCCAUGCGUCAGACUUUCUUGCUGACCCCUGCGUCCUGACAUUUGUCCUUCAGCCUGCGGAUUCAGUUACACACACAUGUUCAGUGCCAGGUGCUUCCUUUGCCCAAUUCUGAUGCUUCGGCCUCAAGCGUGUACCGACUGUUGGGCUACUUGUAUCUGGUCAUGACUUGCCAUCACCGGUUCAAUCCACUUGCCACCCUCACAUGGCAAGGGCAAUGACACCAAUGCACCAAAAUCAAGUGGUAAUUCCAACCUUGUUAGAACAAAAUUUGAAAUUUUCUUUCCUGAGAUGAACUUUUUCGCGAUGGAGAGACAUAUGCCCUCCUCGCUGUUGAUUGUUGUUUCGCAAGACAACGACCUAUAUCGGCCUCGGUUCACACGGCUGACAAAGUCAUGUGAGGUAGUGAAGAGGGAGUGUGAGCUCUACGCCUCAACCAUCUUCCCGGGCGCCUAGGGGGUGUCUCUCUCGCUCGCUCCCCUCGUCACCUCUCGCUUUCGCGCCAUCAAUCCUUGUACCCUCCGCUGCAAAUCUCACUUGCCUUCCUCCUCUAAAACCGCCAUGGGAGCGCCCACGCUGCUCUCGUGCCGAGCACUCGCGCUCUCGGCACGGUCUCGCGGCUGAAAGCCAUGUCCGUCGCGGGCGCCGCCGACAAGGCGAUGCCGCCGCCGGCGUGCGACUUCUGCGCAGGCCUGCCGGCGGUGGUGUACUGCCGGGCCGACUCCGCCAGGCUCUGCCUGCCGUGCGACCGCUACGUCCACGGCGCCAACACGGUGUCCAGCCGCCACGCCCGGGCGCCGCUCUGCGCCGCGUGCCGUGCCGCCGCGGCCGCGUUCCGCCGCGGCGCCGCCGGCUUCCUCUGCGCCAACUGCGACUUCGAGGAGGAGCGCCAGCGCGACGGCGACCCGCGGCCGCUCCACGACCGUAGCGCGGUGGAAGGCUACGCCGGGUGCCCCUCCAUCGCGGAGCUCGCCGCGAUCCUCGGCGUCGGCGGGUGCGAGAAGGCGGCCGGGCACGGGGACGGGUGGUGGCCCGCCUGGGAGGAGCCCCAGGUGCUGCGCCUGGAGGACGUGAUCGUGCCCACCACCUCCUGCCAUGGCCUCCAGCCGCUCCUCACGCCAUCCUCCCCAAAGAACCCGAGCUCCGGCGGGAAGCUGACUGAAGAGGUAAUCCGGCAGCUGGGGGAGCUCGCCAAGUCCGAGACGGCGGCGAUGGCUUUCUCGGAGGCGGAGCCAGCCGACGGUGAGCAGCUGCCUUCGUGGGCUUCGUCAGAGUACGGCGAUUUCGGGGCUUUUGACAACGAUGCUUGCCAUGAGGCAGCAAGCAUGGCCGUGCCUUCUUGCGAGCAGGAAGCGUGGGUCGCGACCGACGGCGACGGCGCGUGCAGGGAGGCGCGCCAGCAAGCGCCGGCGCCGGCGAGCUCGUUGGCCGAGCCGUGCCUGCUGUCCUCGUUCGUGGAUAUGUCAGAGAUCUGCACCAGCGUGACCCUCGGCAGCAGCGUCGACGUCGGCAAGGACAGCGGCAGCAGCAAGCGAGACGCCCCAGAAGCGGCCCCGCAGCAGGCCUCGCCGGCGCCGGCGAAGAAGGGCGGCUACGACGUGGCCUACCCCGACCGCGGCACGGUGAUCUCGCGCUACAAGGAGAAGCGGAAGAACAGGAGGUUCGACAAGCAGAUCCGGUACGAGUCGCGCAAGGCCCGCGCCGACGGCCGGCUUCGGAUCAAGGGCCGCUUCGCCAAGUCCGGCGAGGCCUGAUGGGAUCGAUGGAUGCUUGGCGGCGAGGCGAAUGGGCGAUCGACCGACGGUGAGCUCGGCAGCUAGGAUGGGCAGGGCGCGGCGGAGAAUCCGUGUGGGCAGUGGCCGAGUGCGUUGUGUGGCAGCUGCCAUACAUGCAAGACGAUGAUGCUCCGUUGCGCGACUUGCCAUCAGAAAUAAUCAACCACCACCAUGUUGUUUCUUAGUUCGUCACGAGGUUUUGUUUAAUUUCCUGGCGACGCACCACUACUAUUUGGCUAAGCAGCGAUGAGCGACCUUACUAAAAAAAUGCAUUAUAGUUAUUUGAAAUAUAAAUAUCAAAUCAAUAAAAAUGUUAGCCCAACAAA